GGCGGAUGCAUUGAUGUGGGGGCCGUGUUUUUAAAGAUGCGCACAGUCCCGCUUGCAAAAGUUGGUGCGUGAUGCUGGGCAUGUUUGCGCCGUCUUUCCCAUCCACCUAGGCUUCGUUUCUGGCCACAGCUCUAGGUCAGAUGGCUACUAAUGAGGUGGAGCGGCUUCGGGAACAGCUCGAGUCUCUUCAACGAUCACAUGAUAUCCUAGUCAAGAGCUUAGCAAUUGUCCCGGGAGGCCCAUUCGUCCCGCCAGAGACACCAACUUUCCAGCGACAAGCGACACGUCCCAGCCUCGCGUUUGCCGAUGCGUCAACCUUAUCCGACACUGAUUCCGAGGAGGACGAGUCGUAUUUCGUGCAGGAGGAGUUGCCGUCCAAAUCUUUCGACCACGAGCACCUGCGGGCACACUUACAGAAUCACAAUUGGAAAGAGCAUGGACGAGAGAUAUUAGCGCCGCUUAUCAAGGACCCGGGGAAGCUUUCGAAGCAGCCUCAUCUGUUCCAUCUUGGCCCAGGAACCCCAGAUGAUCGCUCUCACUACUCACAUUUCCAGGUCUACGAUGUGGGACCUGAUGGCGCCACGGAGCUCAUUGAGACGAGUGGUAGUCACAGCACGAAUACCAUGAGUAGAGCUACGGAAAUAUGGCAUUCCAUCAGAAAUAUCGGCAAUAGCACGGACAAGCCAACUGUAGGCCGUAUCACGAUUGCACGGGAACCAGCACCGAUUCUCUUUGGCGCACUGCAUCUCACGCUUAAUGAUACGUUUGAUAUGGACGAACUGUUUAAGCACUUGGUACAAACGGAGGCCUCGUCAGCCCAUAUGCACCGCGCAUUCAAGGAAGAUCAAAAGCACCAGAAAACGUUUUUCUUCACUUUUGAGUACUACACGAUUCUGGGGGAAGACUGCAAGCCAAUGGAUUGGCAGCGCGCAGACAAGGCCUAUGACCCCAAAGGAUCACACCUCCCCCUCUCCCGCUGCGGCGCCGUCGUCGCCCUCGCCCUCUACGACCCCAAACCCCGCCGCAUCCGCAACCGCGGCCGGCGCGCAAAAACGCAGUAUGGCUGGGUGCAGGACAUCUGGUCGCCGUGGCAAGUCCUGCAGCUGGAGUGCUUUCCCGACUGGCGUGCAACGCCCGACACCUUCGAGUCCGGCAACCGCUUCCUCAACGGCCCGGAAGCCUUCCUGCACGCUCUGCUAACCGAGUACCGCGACGCCCGCAAACGCUAUGAGGAGAUUUACACGCGGAUCACCGAGCUGAUCACACCGCCGCUGGGGUUUUUGUUCGAUGCGGAACUGAGGGAUCAGAGGUUAUUUGAAGAUCGCAAGUUCACGUGGACAAGAAGGUAUUUCUACGCGCACCAGACGCUCGGGAAUGUGAAUGAUAGCAUCAAGUCCAUGAUUGAUGCUUUUGAGGAUACGUUCACGGACGAGGUUUGGGAGGGGAAAAGCAAGACGCUGUGGCCGCUGUACGAGGAGUCGCCGCGCAACGACCACUGGAAACGGCGGCUGCGGACGCUGAGGCUAGCGUUUGAGCGCGAGAUGAAGGAACUCCGGACGCUGCAGCGCGAGAACAACGAGCGGCGGCAGGAGGUCAAGAGCUUGCAGGACCACCUCUUCUCCGGCACCAGCAUCCAAGAGUCCCGCAAGAGCGUCGAGCUGUCCGACAUCACCGUGCAGCAGGGCCGCAACAUCAAGCUGCUCACCAUCGUAAACUUGUUCUUCAUGCCCCUCACCUUCGUCACCUCCGUCUACGGCAUGACCAACAUGCCCGGGGACCCCUCGCCGUACUGGCCCUUCGCCAUCACCCUCGCCGCCGUGUGCGUCCCGUUCUUCAGCCUCAUCGGCUUCCUCUCGACCGACUUCGGGUACCGCAUCUGGGUCCGCAAGACCAAAUCGCUGUACCGCUGGCUGCGGCCCAAAGCCGCUGGGCCACCCCAAGAAGAUGACGAGGCGUUUGAGCCGAGGCCGGUGGACCGAACGUUGAGCACGGAGGAGGGAAUGAGGUUGAGGAUGGGGGCGGGGCCCGGGGGGAAGGGGAACAGGGAGAGGAGGCCAACGGUAGACAGUGGGAAGGGUAGGGAGAGUCUGAGCCAUCCGAAUAUAAGGCGGAUGGUUGAGGCGAUGGGGGAGGGGCGGCAGAGUGGGCUGGUGCGGAUGGGGAACGUGACGAGGGAGAAGGAGGGGGGCGGGGAUGCGGUCGUUGAUAUGAAGGGUGGUUGACGUACACAUCAUGGCAUUGCGCUUUCGUCCUAU